UUCAAUGAGGAGGGAUUACAAGGGAUUACAGGGGAUUACCAAAAACGGCGGUGGCUGUGGCCUUGUGGGAUUGACGCAAUUUUCCACCCUAUGGCCAGUAUUGCUUCGCUUCGCUCGCAAUAAAGAUCCCCACUCUCUUGAAGUUUCCCCGCACCUUCUGCCAAGCGCUGGUUCGUUACUCAAACUUACGGGUCAAAUUUGCUGGUCAAAUUUCUUCCAUUAUCAUUUGCUCAGUGGUAUCCCUGCCAUCUUGACUCAUACGUUCAACAUGCACGUAUUUUUCCUCCUUUCAAUUUCCAAUGCCAAAAGUCAAUUGUUGUACGCAUGCUUCUUCCUUGUCGCUCUCCUCAGUAUUACUGUGGUCGCUUCCCCCUUAAAACUUGCUCCUCGACCCCUCGGUGUGUAAUAUACCACCUGUUCUGGUCCGACCAAAUGCUCAUGGAUAGUAUGAUAUAGCACCGAACGUAGUCGUGCUCAGCCUCGGAUGGGACGAAACCACA